AUGAGCAGCCAUAUGCACAUGGGCCAUGAUAUGCCCAGCCCACAGAACCUCCAAAAAGCCUACUGGGCAGUCGUGGGCAGCUUCGUUGGGGCCGCCGCUCUUGCCAACCUGAUCAAUCGCCUGCUGGCCUUCCAACGGCUUCGAGAUACAUCUCUCACCCCAUCAAAACCAAAAUCACUGUUCUUCCGCUUCUACGCCACCUUGACAGCAUUGGCCCGCGAAGCAAGCCACGCAGUACCGCCCCCGGUGUCGAUAUCCCGACACAGACUUUACUUUGCACCGCUGGGUCCGCUGGCAAUCGUACUGGCAAACCUCGUCACCGUCCUCAUCUUAUGCUUCUACAAGCUCGACACAGAGAACCAGUGGGCCUGGGAAGACGUCGGCUACCGCACCGGGUUCGUCACAAUCGCCCAACUCCCGCUGCUAUUCCUCCUCUCCGGCCGCCGAAACAUCAUCGGCAUCUUGAGCGGGACCGACUACGCCCGGCUGAACUGGUACCACCGCUGGAUCGCUCGAACCUUCUGGCUCUGUGCAACGCUACACAUGGGCUUCUGGUUCCGGAGCUGGGGGCGGUACAACUAUAUCACGUACCAGCUGAAGAACGAGUACUACGCCAAGCGGGGGUUUGCAGCUUGGUGCAUUCUGACGUUUAUUGUGGUUUCGUCUGCGAGGCCACUACGCAGGCUUGGGUAUGAGUUCUUUGUUCUGCAGCAUCUUGUGAUGUUUGUUGGGUUUAUCGUGGCGGUUUGGAUGCAUGUCAAGGAGGAGGAUAAGGUGUGGGUUUGGAUCUCGGUUGGACUGCUGAUUUUCGACCGUGUUCUGAGGUAUGUUUGGGGGGCGUAUGUUAACCUGGGAGUCUUCCAUCCUGCUUCGCGUGCUCUCUGGAAGCAUCAGGCUUCUUUUACUUCAUUGCCAGGCGAUGUCACUCGAGUGACCAUCCGCGAUCCAGGACUUCGGUGGGCACAGGGCCAGCAUAUGUUCCUCACUUGCCACGCAAUCGUGCCCUUGCAGAGCCAUCCGUUCACAAUUUCUUCCAUACCGGAAGAUAAGCAGAUCGAAUUCCUCAUUCGAUCCCAGAAAGGAGGAACAAGACGGUUCUAUAAAUACGCGGAGAAUAACACUGUUCUCGGAACGGAUACUGGCAAAUCAUGCACCGUACUCCUCGAAGGCCCUUAUGGGGUACUUCGACCACUUUACCAAUUCGAUACUGUGGUUCUCAUUGCCGGUGGCAUGGGCGCUACGUUUACGAUGCCUUUGUUGCGGGACCUCGUUAGACGAUGGAAGAAUGACAGCGGCAGUAAAGAUUUGUCUUUACAGCGCGUCCAGUCUGCGCAGUUGGGUAAGGCUGUGGUCAGGCGGGUUCGUUUCGUGUGGGUGGUAAGGUCUCGCAAGCACCUUGCUUGGUUCGAGACACAAUUGCUGACCGUGCUUGCGGACGUGAACGUUUUGCGGCGAGCAUCAGCAGAUACCUUGACAGAUAUAAAAGUCAGCAUCCAUGUUACAGACGACAUGGAACUCGCUAUUCUCGGCCAUGGGUCGUCCACGUCAGACACAGAGCCUGCGUCAACCAACUCUCUUGAAAAGUCAGCAGUAACAGAUGAAGACACCCUUGCCAUCCAACCCCUGCCCUCAGCAAACAAUGCAAGCCCGUUAGAGCAUCAGCAGCAACAUCAAUCGAGUCCUCAACCUGCACGACUCCCAGCCCUGACGCCACAGCAUGGUCGCCCUCAAGUUCAUCCUUUGAUACGGACAGCCCUUGAAGAAGCCACGGGCGAAAGCGCCGUUGUCGUCUGCGGCCCGCCUAGUCUGGCAGAUGAUACCCGUCGCAGCGUCGUCUCGCUCAGUGACGAGCGGGCUGUACAUAAGGGAACGGGUGCGCAGGGAGUCUAUCUCCAUGUCGAGAAUUUUGGAUCGUAG